CUAAAAGUAAAAUCAAAAUUCUCAUAUUUCCACACCCAUAUUCCUAGCGCCACUCCUCUUCAACGGACCGAAUACGAGACCUCCGGUCAUCUGGAAAUUCAAUCAUCCAGAUCGGCGAUUCCUCCACCCCUUCGAUUCCGAUCGCAAUGCAACAGUGAUGGUUGCGCCCUACCUCGCAAAUGAAUCUCCGCCCCAAACUCCGAUCGCCUCCCGCCGUCUCUCCGCCGAGCAGCACUAAACCGACUCCGAUGAAAAUGCCCCGCAAAUCUCUCCUACGCCCGACGCUCGUCCUCGCCUCUUUCCUAUCCCUUCUCGCCUUCUACUCCUUCGUCCUCCACACUCCCCCCAACAACAGAUCCGCUACCUCAAUCGAUGCAGCCCUCGGCAAUCGCAACGCUCUUUCUCUCCAUCGCGCUGACCAAGUGAAGAUAUAUAUGUACGAUUUGCCGAGGAGGUUCACGUACGGAGUGAUCGAGAGCUACGCAGCGGCGCGCGGCGGGGAGCCUGUCGCCGACGAUGCGCUGCUCAAGUACCCUGGGAAUCAGCACUCCGCCGAGUGGUACCUGUUUUCCGACAUGAAUCGUCCGAGUGAGGAGCGGAUUGACUCGGCUGUGACUCGCGUGAUGGACCCCGAGGAAGCUGACCUCUUCUACGUCCCCUUCUUCUCUUCAUUGAGUCUCGUCGCCAAUCCAGUCCGAUCCGCCGCUGCGAACGCCACUUCUGAUAAGACUGCCUAUAGUGACGAGCAAACUCAGGAGUCUUUGAUGGAUUGGUUGGAGGAACAAAACUACUGGAAAAGAAAUAAUGGGUGGGAUCAUGUAUUCAUAUGUCAGGAUCCCAAUGCUCUGUAUAAGGUCAUUGAUAGAGUGAAAAAUGGGGUGCUAUUAGUUUCAGAUUUUGGGAGGUUGGCUCGCAAUCAAGCAUCUCUGGUUAAGGACGUGAUUCUGCCAUAUUCACAUAGGAUUAAUACAUUUAAAGGGGAUGUUGGACUGGACAACCGCAAGUCUCUAUUAUUCUUUAUGGGGAAUCGAUACCGAAAAGAGGGUGGUAAGAUUCGAGAUUUGCUUUUCCAACUGCUUGAGAAUGAAGAGGGAGUUAUAAUCAAACAUGGAGCACAGUCUAGGGAGAGUCGCCGUGCAGCAACACAAGGAAUGCAUACAUCAAAGUUUUGUUUGCAUCCAGCUGGUGAUACUCCAUCAGCUUGCCGACUAUUUGAUGCCAUUGUGAGUUUAUGUGUUCCUGUCAUUGUCAGUGAUUACAUUGAGCUGCCUUUUGAAGAUAUCAUAGACUAUAGAAAGAUCGCCAUUUUCGUUGAUUCCACCUCCGCGACUAAACCUGGACACUUAGUGAAGUUGCUGAGAAAACUCAGCCCGGAAAAGAUUCUGAAGUUCCAAAAGGAAUUGCUAAAGGUGAAGAGGUACUUCGAGUAUGAAGAUCCAAAUGGGACAGUCAAAGAGAUCUGGCGGCAGGUCUCUCAAAAGCUGCCUCUCAUAAAACUUAUGAGUAACCGCGACCAACGGAUUGUGCUGCAUGACCUGGCAGAGCCAGACUGUUCGUGUAUCUGCUCAAACCAAACAGGCGUAAGCGCAACGCUGUGAUACACCAUGGAGUUCAUUUGCAGUCUAGAAAUCGAACUUGGUGUCAAAUGAUGUGCAACAUUUUGAUACAAAUGCCAUGUUACGUGGGGUGGAGCAGGGAGGAAAGGAGUUGCUAAUGCUACGGGUUCAGUUAGGUCUGUAGUCAUUCGGCAUUCAUUUAUUCUUGGUGAGCAACCUAGAUUCGAGUAUUUUAAUAAGGAAGAGGUUGUUGUCCUUGAUAUUGUGAUAUAGCUAGAAUUGAGGAAUUGAUAAGUUUGUAAAUUACAACACAGAAAACCAUAGCUACCCAUGUACCAAAAGCCUCUUUCGAUUUAAUGAAUUUUAUCAGCAGCUGUUA